UAAACCUUUUCUGUAAACAGACAGCGCACUGAGAAAAUAAGAAAUGUUGGGAAGACAAUUGAAUUACUUUCCUAUAACGAUUUAUGUACUACUGAAUAUUCUGAUCAAUUACAAAUGCAGUGCCUUCGAAUGCUACGAUUGUGACCACUGCCCAAAUGUUGACAGUUUCACACCUAAGAAAGAUGGCUGCGUUGCAUGCUUGAUCGGUGGAGCAAACGUUGAAGUUUCUAGAGCAUGCGUGGGCAUGGGGUCAGGGGCGCCUGAGAACUUUCCAACAUUAAAUUGGAAAAAAUGUUAUGGACCUCUGUGUAAUAAGAUGAAUUCGACAUUAGUAAUACACGAUCCAAUAAGCUGUUAUGUUUGCAGAGAUUGCGGACAUACAAACGAAAGAAUUGAAACUGUGUGCGGUGCAUGUGCAACUCGUAAUGCAUCCGGAAUUAUAAGUAAAUAUUGCCUUAAAAGCUGUGAGGAAGUAACAGUUACCCGAGGAUCAUCUUGCUGUACAACAGAUCUAUGCAAUGGAGAGAUGAAAUUGAAUAUUCGCAUAGGCCUAAUGAUAUUUCUGCUGAUUUUUACACACUUCAGCACCAAAGCAUUAUAAAAGGAUUUGAAUGAGUCAUAAUAUCAUUAAUUUUUUUUUAUAAGAACACAAAGAUACUUUUAAUAACAAUCAUUUUUUUCUGAAGCCAUUCACGCUUUGCUUUAACAUUUAAAUCACUGCACUUUGGCGCUAACUUUUAUUCACAUACCUAUAUUAUUACAAUGUUUUAGUGUUUGAUUUUUUUCAAAGCAACAUUCACUAUAUAAGCUGGCAUGUAACCAAUGCAUUAUUACAACUCUAAAUGCAUAGGAACAGUUAUAAAUACGUAAAGUGUUUCACUUGCGGCAUAUAUAUUCAUAUAUAUGCUGUUUAACUUAAAUUUUUAACGUUUCUUUGAUUCAUCUUUCAAGUGUACAUUUCAAAGACACGUUAGAUUUAUAAUUUCAUUUGACAUGGUGUGCAUUUCAAUCUAUGCAUCCUUUUAAGACUGGCUAACUCUCAACCGAAAAUGAAAGAAUAAAGAAUUUAAGCUUAGUAGUGAAAAAACUGAAUGACAAGUAUACCAAUUACCUUCAUUUUAAACAUGAAAAUAUGCUUGAUAAAUAAUUAUUCAAACAUAAGACAUCACAGUGGGUGUAAAUUUGUUAACGAUGAUUGAAAAUGAAGUAGGUUACUAGUUAACUUACCACAAUGCUGAGGUGUGAGUGGUUGGAACUAAUUUGGUCGUCUGAUAUGAGUGUACCUGGAUAAAACAUUGAUGAGCUCGACCCAAAACAGUGAGAACAAACUUUAGUGGUAGUGUGUUCCACUUAUAACUUUAGGUUCUUAAAUAGGAAGUGUACAAAAAUGUCUGGAAUUUUCGGGAGAUCAAGAGGUAGGUGGGAGACGGUAUAAAAAGACGGAAACAAAACCGUAAUUUGACAC